AUGGCGGGCUUUUUCAACAAGAUCAAGGGCUCCAACACGGCCUCUUCCUCCCCAUCCCACAAAGAUGCCGUCACGAAGAAGAAAGAGGAGCCCAUUCUCGACCUCACUCCUCUGGAGAAGAUGCUCCAGAAUGCCGGGCCCUUACGAGACGAUGGUACUGAUCGAUUCUUCGGCCUCGAGAACUUUGGAAACACAUGCUAUUUUCCCAUCACCAUCAGACCCCCACCUACCGACCCAGUGGUCAACCUCCCGAAACAAAAGGGGCUCAGCACAUCACAAGUGAUCAAGCAACGGCAAGCCAUGAACCAUCAACUGCCCGGGCAGGUUGGUGUUCGGCCCGAGGACAAGCCAGACACCCCCGAAUAUAAGAAGAAGCAAGCCAUGAUCAAGGGCCCUAUCUUGGAGCUGGCCAAAGAAAACUCGGCCGCCUACGGCAUGGACGAAUGCACAUUCACUGGACUCAAGGACAUCUUCCUGGCCUUGCUGGAAAGCAACACACACACUGGCGUUCUCAGCCCGCAGCGAUUUCUCGAGAUUUUCAAACGCGACAACGAAAUGUUCCGAAACUCAAUGCAUCAGGAUGCCCAUGAGUUCUACGGUUUGGUGCUGAAUGAUGUCAUUAACAGUGUUGAGGCGACGGCCCGCAAAAUGCACCUACAGGCUCCUGCUGACGGCCUCGACGGGCUGGCAAAUUCGGUGGGCCAUGCCCUUGGGUCUGCCAUGGUUAACAACGCGUCAGGGGCUUCCUCCCCGGGAACAGGCUGGGUCCAUGACAUAUUUGAGGGCGUUUUGACAUCAGAAACCAAGUGCCUGACGUGCGAGACAGCAUCGCAGCGGGAUGAGACGUUUCUAGAUCUGUCGAUUGACCUGGAGGAGCAUUCAUCCGUCACCUCCUGCUUGCGCAAGUUUUCUGCCGAAGAGAUGCUCUGCGAGAGAAACAAGUUCCAUUGCGACCACUGUGGCGGUCUUCAGGAAGCUGAGAAGCGAAUGAAGGUCAAGCGGUUACCCAAGAUCCUGACGCUGCACCUGAAGCGGUUCAAGUACACGGAGGACUACAGCCGCCUGCAGAAACUGUUUCACCGUGUUGUGUAUCCCUAUCACCUACGCAUGUUCAACACAACAGAAGAUGCAGGGGACCCCGACCGCCUGUACGAGCUGUACGCUGUCGUGGUUCACAUUGGCGGCAACGCCUAUCAUGGGCAUUAUGUGUCCAUCAUCAAGGUUCCUGGCCGAGGCUGGGUUCUUUUCGACGACGAAAUGGUUGAGCCCGUGGACAAGAAUUUUGUCCGCAACUUUUUUGGCGACAAGCCAGGGAUGGCCACAGCAUACGUCCUAUUCUACCAAGAAACCACAUUCGAAAAGGUUCGAGAAGAGAUGGAAAAAGAAGGCAUGGAAGAGGUCAAGCUUGCCAACGAAGCGGCCAGCCUAGCCCAGGAGAAUGGCGAAAAGGCAGAGUCAACACCACUAAAGAGACAAGCCACACAGCCAGUGACUCCAGCUCCGGAUCAGGAGGUGCUGGCGAAACUCGCACACUCGAGCACAGCGCCAGUGUUAUCCUCGAUAGCGCCUACAAAAACUCCAGACCCGACACCCGCGGCGGCUCCGGCAACACCCUUGACGAAUGGCAUAACCCACACGAACACAAAUACCGAAGUCAAGACGAAGGAGGACAAGAAGCGAGAAAAGAAGGAGCGGGAGGCUGCGGAGAAGGCAGAAAAGCAAGCAGAAAAGGAGAGGGAGAAGCAGGCCAAACUUGAAGAGAAGAAACGACGAGAAGAGCAAACCAAGAUGAUACAAGCACGAAGAAACGAGCAAGACGAACUGCAAAAGGUGCUCGAGGCCAGCAAAAAGACUGCGACGCAGGAAGAGGCAGUGAGGAAGAAGGAGAAUGGAACGGUGCUCAGCCACAAUCUCCUUGAUCGGACCAAACGAGGCAGCAAAUCGAUGUCGAGGAAGAGCUUCUCUCUCUUCCAUCACAAGGAUAAGGGCACUGCGCAGGCUCUUCAGGAUGCGUCAAACGGCGACGGGAGCGAGAAGCACGACAAACUCAAGGAUCGCCUCAGUUUCGGGCUCGGACGCAAGAAGAGCACAAACCUACUUUCACAAUCAUAA